AUGGCAGUUGAUAAAGUCGUAUACGAUUCUGUUCCAACAAAUGAAAGGAAUCUUGAAUCUUUUGUGCAUACCUCUCCAAAAGGAUGGGGAGUCAGGCACGUACAAAUUCUCCUCAUAUUCUUCUGCCUCGUCAUGGGUCUUUCAAUGAGAUCCCAGCUCAGUGUCCUUAUGGUUGCUAUGAUCAACACUACUGAUCAUGAACACUACAGCAUCGCCAACAGGAGUAUACCAAGUAAUAGUACUAGCAUAAUUGGUGAUAAUAGUGAAGGUUACAGCAAAGUGCAGAAUAUUAGUCCUUGGAGCGUAUACCGCACGUAUGAAUGGAACAAAUCAACGCAGGAAAUAAUAAUGUAUUCUUUCUUCGUGGGGUAUACCAGUAUGCAAAUGCCGAUGGGUUGGUUCGCCCAGAAGUUCGGAGGCAAGAUACCUAUCAUGGUCGCCUUGGGUGUCAAUGGAGUCUUGUGUAUUUGUACACCUUGGAUUGUUUUGAUGGGAGGAUGGAUAAGCACAUCAGUCUGUCGCCUUCUACAAGGCAUGACGCAAGCUGCAUUUUAUCCAAGUAUGCAUACUAUGUUAGCCAAAUGGACUCCACUUAGAGAAAGGGCAAGACUUACCACUUAUGCAUAUUCUGGUUCUCCAAUAGGUACAAUCAUCGCAUUCCAGAUAUCAGGAUUUCUGGCAGAUAACCCAGCAUUCGGAUGGCCAGUGUCCUUUUGGCUAUUUGGAUCCCUCAGCCUGAUAGUAUGCGGUCUAUUCGGUUAUUUUGGAGCUGCAUUACCUCAUGAACAUCCAAAUAUUACUAGUGAGGAACUUGUUUACAUAAUGGAGGAUUGUGACGCUGAUAUGGUGCCAAAGAGACGCAAAACUCCCUGGAGAGAGAUGUUGAAAUGCCCAUCAAUUUGGGGCAUUCUGAUCACACAGUCCGGCAGCAGUGCAGCAUCUUUACUUAUUAUGGCUGAAACACCUUUAUACAUGAGGAAUGUUCUUGGCGUCGAACUCAAAAAGAAUGGCAUCUACUCAUCUUUACCAUACAUGGCGAUGUCUGUGAUGUCUCUCAUACUUGGCAACUUAGCAGACUUUGUAAGCAACAGGAACAUUUUAAAAGUCGUUAACAUCAGGCGAGUUGGAAAUACUAUAGGGAUGGCAGUAUCGGGAUUAUUCCUCUUAGCGUUCAGUUUCACGAAGAACACACUUCUAGCAGUAUGCCUGCUGAUAUUAGCAAUGGCAAUGCACUCUGGAAUAAACGUUGGGUUUACUGUAAACCAAAUCGACUUGGCUCCAAACUUUGCUGGGUCAAUAAUGGCCCUAGGGAAUAUGAUGGGGAAUUUAACGGGCUUACUUGUACCUGUGGUCGUGUCGAACAUCGUCGCGGACGUGAAAAACCCCCGUCAGUGGCAGAUAGUAUUUAUCAUAUUCACUGCGAUACAGUUUAUUUCUAAUACAAUAUUUGUAAUCUUCGCUAAAGCAGAAGUUCAGCCAUGGAAUUUUUACGGCGACGAAGAGCGUGAUUCAGAAGAGAAAGUGCUGAGUUUAAUGGAAUAUACUAAAGAUAUAAAAACAGACAAAAAUAAACAAGAACAGAAAUUUUAA